AGGAAAUAAGGAAGAUGACACCAAAAAGAUAACUAAAAAGCACGUAGAGUCACAAACGUCACGUGGCAGACAUAAAGGAGACGUCGUCCCGCUUCUAUGCCGUUCUCGUAAUUCUGAAACCACCACCACCACUACCUCCUCCUCUUGGAUCACUCCCAAAUCUUCAUAUUCAACUCAACAACAAACACACACUCACUUUCACUUUUCGUCUAGAUGAAUCGAUUCUUUCCGUGACGAACAUCAUGAUUCUUAACGCUACCAAUUCAUCUUUCUGUGAUUCAUCAUUAAAAUGGAGCAAUGUCAGUCGUUCCCUCCACCUUCCCGCCACUGCUUCCAUGGGAGUAAUUUGGAGUAGAAACGCAUCAGGUAAAAGUUUUGUGAGUGGAUAUUCUGGUAAGGUCAAAGGAUCAGAACAAAUGAACCGUAAGUCUGCUUACGCGAUCAGUAAGCAUGCAGAAGAGAUUGUGAUUGAGGAUGAAGCUGCAGUAAUGUCAGAAACAGCUCCAUCAUUGAAAAGCAUUCCUGGCCUACCAAAUCCUCUUGGAGUCUUGGAAACCGAUAACGGAAUCAACUUUGCUCUUUUUUCAAAGCAUGCAACUUCAGUUACACUUUGUUUGUCACUUCCAGAUAGGGAAAUCGAUGCAUCUUCAAAUGAUGAAAUGAUCGAGUUGAAAUUGGACCCAAUUGCAAACAAAACCGGAGAUAUAUGGCAUAUAUGUGUUCAGGAACUACCUCGAAGCAAUGUGAUUUAUGGUUACAAAAUCGAUGGUCCUCAAAAUUGGCAUCAAGGGCAUCGAUUUGACAGCAGUGUUGUUCUUAUAGAUCCUUACGCAAAAUUAAUAGAAGGUCGCCGGAUUUUUGGUGAUCCGACGGAUAGGUUUUCUAAACUUUCUGGUACUUACGACUUUAGUAGCUUGCCAUUUGAUUGGGGAGACAAUUAUGCCCAACCAAACAUACCAGAGAAGGACCUUGUAAUUUACGAAAUGAAUGUCCGGGCUUUUACCGCUGAUAAAUCUAGUGGAUUGGAACAAAGCAUACGUGGCAGUUACGAUGGUGUAAUUGAUAAGAUACCACAUCUUUUGGAGCUUGGGGUCAAUGCAGUGGAAUUGCUUCCGGUCUUUGAGUUUGAUGAAUUUGAAUUCCAAAGGCACCCAAAUCCUAGAGAUCACAUGGUCAACACAUGGGGCUAUUCAACAAUAAAUUUCUUUGCCCCAAUGGCUCGUUAUGCUAGUGAUGGCGGAGGGCCUAUCGUUGCUUCCCAAGAGUUCAAAGAAAUGGUUAAAGCUUUGCACCUUGCAGGAAUUGAGGUCAUCUUGGAUGUUGUUUACAACCAUACUAAUGAGGCUGAUGAUAAGCACCCAUAUACCACUUCAUUCCGUGGCAUAGACAACAAGACAUAUUACAUGGUUGAUGAUAAUGGCCAAUUAUUGAACUUCUCAGGCUGUGGUAACACGUUGAACUGUAAUCACCCUGUUGUCAUGGAACUGAUACUUGACAGCCUAAGGCACUGGGUCACCGAGUAUCAUGUGGACGGAUUCCGCUUUGACCUUGCAAGUGUUCUUUGUCGGGGAACAGAUGGUUCUCCCCUUGAUGCUCCUCCACUUAUUAGGGCCAUAGCAAAAGAUAGUACACUGUCCAGGUGUAAAAUUAUUUCUGAACCAUGGGAUUGUGGAGGUCUAUAUCUUGUUGGAAAGUUUCCAAACUGGGACAGGUGGGCCGAAUGGAAUGGGAUGUAUCGUGAUGAUAUAAGAAGAUUUAUAAAAGGUGACAUUGGUAUGAAGGGAAGAUUUGCAACUCGAGUUGCUGGUUCUGCUGAUUUAUACAAAGUAAACAAGCGCAAGCCAUACCAUGGAAUCAAUUUUGUUAUAGCACAUGAUGGAUUUACUCUAUAUGAUUUGGUGUCGUAUAAUAACAAGCACAAUGAUGCUAAUGGAGAAAACGGCAAUGAUGGAAGCAAUGAUAACCUUAGCUGGAAUUGUGGGUGUGAAGGUGAAACAUCUGAUGUCAAUAUCAAAGCCCUACGUUUCCGGCAGAUGAAGAAUUUUCAUUUGGCGUUAAUGGUAUCUCAGGGUGUACCAAUGAUGCUAAUGGGAGAUGAGUAUGGUCAUACUCGCAAUGGAAAUAACAAUAGCUAUGGACAUGAUACUGCCAUAAAUCACUUCCAAUGGGGACAAUUGGAUGCAAGGAAGAACGAUCUCUUCCGAUUCUUUGCUGAGGUGAUCAAGCUUCGUCAAAAGCAUCAAGUAUUCAGACAAGAAUAUUUCAUCGGCAAUAAAGAGAUAACAUGGCAUGAAGAUAACUGGGAUAACCAUGAGAGCAAGUUUAUCGCGUUCACGCUCCAUGAUAGCGAUGAAGGGGACCUCUACUUGGCUUUCAAUGCACACAACUAUUUUGUUAAAGUCCCAAUACCUUCACCACCUCAGGGUCGAUGCUGGUUCCGUGUGGUCGACACUAAUCUCGAGUCUCCCAAUGAUAUUAUCCCUGAGGGGGUCACUGGCAUCGGGAAUACGUAUGAUGUUGCUCCAUACUCGUCGAUUCUUCUUCAAGCAAAGCUGUAAUCAAGAUUAAGAACCAUGUUUCUACCUGGACCCGUAAAAUUGAAACUGUGUUAACAUUAUAUCGUCAAACAGUAUAUGGGUUUUUUUAUAAGGUUGGUUAAAAAACCCCAGAACCUGAAGGAAAAACUCGAAAUGUUUGGAUGAGUAUUCAGAUAUGCGAUUAGUUUUUAGAAUAUUCCAGGUAUGCGAUUAGUUUUAGAAUAUUUCACUGGUUUAGAGGGGUACGGAGAUUAGGUGAUCCUGUCAUAUUACCUAAACUUGCUUAGAUUAGUAUAUGCUUUUGAUAAUUAAAUACAUAGUAGUAUGUUAAAG